AUGGGGUGUUGGUACUCGAGGAUUGAUAGAGAAGAGAGUGUUUCACGUUGUAAAGCGAGGAAGGGAUACAUAAAACAACUGGUUAAAGCUAGGCAAGCUCUCGCCGCUUCACAUUCUAUGUAUCUACGCUCUUUACGAGCCACGGGCUCGGCUCUGGUACAAUUUUCGAGCAACGAGACCACUCUCCACAACCACCACCACCAUGCACCGCCGGCGCCUCAACCGCCACCUCUUCCACAGCCUCCAAUGAGUCCUAGUUCAGAUACUUGGACAUCUGGCAUUACCACUGCCUCCCCUGCUCUCCCACCUCCACCUCCAUCGAGUAGCUGGGAUUUCUGGGAUCCCUUCGCACAGGCUAAUGCGUCUCGGUCAGUCACGGAGGAGGAAUGGGAGGUUGCCACGUCUGCGUCCGAGGCGGCUGUCACCGCUGCGAGCGUGGCCGCGCCGCCUUCCGUGGUGAGUGGGACGUUCUCUAAAGACACGGGGAGUGAGCUUGCUAUGGUCGUUUCUAGGAAUACUAAAGAACUGGUUGAGAUCGUGAAAGAGGUUGAUGAGUAUUUUCUUAAAGCAGCCGACGCCGGCAGCCAUCUCUCGCUGCUUUUAGAAGUCUCAAAUUCCAAUUUUUCAGCUCAAAGCAAAGGAGGCAAAGUGUACAACUAUGGCUGCAAUCUGACACCAACACCAUGGACAUGGAAUUGUAAUCAAAGAACGGAAGGAAUUGGAAAAUUGGGCGAGGACAAAAAUGUUGGAAAUACAAGUGGAAAUGCUCUUAGCAGCAGCCAUUGUUCCACCAUAGAGAGGUUAUACGCUUGGGAGAAGAAAUUAUAUCAGGAAGUCAAGAAUGCUGAGGCUAUAAAGAUAGAGCAUGAGAAGAAGGUAGCCCAUCUGAGGAAGCUUGAAGUGAAGAGAGCUGACCAUAUGAAGAUCGAGAAAACAAAGAAAGAAGUUGAAAAAUUAGAGUCCCAAAUGAUGGUUGCUUCACAAGCCACUGAAACUACAUCUGCUGAAAUCAUCAGACUGAGAGAAUCAGAACUUUAUCCUCAGCUUCUGGAGCUUGUAAAAGGAUUGAUGUGCAUGUGGAGAAGCAUGUAUGAGAUCCACCAAGUUCACACGCACAUAGUUCAGCAGCUCAAGUACCUUAACUUCAUCCCUUCGAAUGAGCCGACAUCCGAGAUUCACAGGCAAUCAACUCUCCAGCUCGAGCUGGAAGUCCAGCAAUGGCAUUUGUCUUUCUGUAAUUUAGUCAAAGCUCAACGAGACUACAUUCAGUCCCUUGCAGGCUGGCUACGGCUUAGCCUUUUCCAGUUCAGCAAAAGCUCUGUUUUAAGGAACAGCCAGGAAUCGAAAAUUUACUCCUUUUGUGAAGAGUGGCAUCUUGCAGUCGACAGGAUUCCAGACAAGGUAGCAUCCGAUGGAAUCAAGAGCUUCUUGACAGUAAUCCAUGCCAUUGUGGUUCAGCAAGCAGAGGAGUACAAGCGAAAGAAGAAAACAGAUUCCGCAUUCAAAGAUUUCGAGAAGAAAGCUGCGGAGCUUCGGUCACUUGAAAGCAAGUAUAGCCCUUAUUCGGUGCUGGAGACGAAUAAGGACCCCGUUGCAGAAAAGAGAACAAAGGUGGACUUAUUUAGAGCAAAGGCGGAGGAGGAAAACAAUAAGCAUGAGAAGUCAGUGAGUGUAACGAGGGCAAUGACUUUGAACAACCUUCAAAUGGGAUUUCCUCAUGUGUUUCAGGCAAUGGUAGGGUUUUCAAGUGUAUGCAUGCAAGCAUUCGAAUCGGUAUACAACCAAGCCAAGAGCAUCGAACAAGAGCAUGAUGUGAAGAGAAUUCUCCCUAAUUGAAAAAAACAUAUAUAAAGAACUCAAGAAUACCAGGCAAAAAUGAUGCUACCUUGAAUAAACAGCCUGCUUUUUGUGUAUAGAGGCUCAUCGUCUCCAAGGAAAGUGCCUCGUGGUUCGUUUUAAAGGGCAAUGGUGGUGUUAGAGCUUUGAGA